UGAUACCCGCAGCCCGCGGCCGCUGCCGCCGCCCCCCACAGUAGCAGCGCCGCCCGAACCGCCGCCAUGCCGUUCGAGCGCGAGAUCAUGUGACCGCUUGCUCACGUGACCCGAGGGUGGGGGGAGGGGCGACCCUUGGUUCUGCCCCGCCUACUCGGCGAAGAAGAGCCAAUAGACGGCCAGAGCGGCACCGCGCCCCGCUCUGAUUCGUUGCAGGCGGUGUCAGUGCGACACCCUACGGUUUUCCGUUAUCAACGGUUCUCCAAACCCCGCCCCCGCCAGCACGCGAUUGGCAGAGCGAGACGGACACCGCUCUCCUCCAAUGGGGCGUCGGGAAACUUUGAGGCGGGAAACGAUUCUCCUCACAGCUCCUCACCCCGCCCCCGUAGGCACGCGAUUGGCGGAGAGGUCCAUCUUCUCCUCCAAUGGGGCGUCGAGUUACUGCGAGGCUCGAAGCGCUUCUCCUCAGAUCCUAAAACCCCGCCCCCGCCAGCAGUCGAUUGGUGGAGAACCAGACUGACAACAUCCUCCCCCAAUAGGGUGCCGAGUUGUCAUGAAGUGAUGCUUCUUCUCACAGAAGCUGAAAGAACUGAGUAGAGCGAGCGCGCAGCGAGGAGCGCAGCAGGCACCGCCUCUGGGCCCGGGUGUCCCUUAGCCCCACGGAUCCCCCCUUUUUGGGGUCCGUUCAGCUCCCCCCCAAACCUCCCAGAACGGCCUCAUUCCCUUUGCAGCAGAGCCGGACCCUUGGAGAGCUGCGUGAGUUGGCGAAGCUGAUGAAGGAGCAGUAGACAGCGAUCCAGGCGCACCACUUCAGCUGCAGCACCAGGAGGGGACACCCGUGAGAACCCCAACAGACCCCAAAUGGUGGCAGCAGCUCCCCCAGACCGAUAGCAGGCCUGGCAGCCGGAAGUAUCCUUCAGCUCAGCCACAAACUUCCGGUAUUCAUCGGAAGUGUCCGGCAGCCAGCUUCCGGCGCGGUUAUUUGAACUUCCGCCGCCGCCACCUGCAGUGUGCGUUUCAUCCCGGUACAACCAUGGCGUUCCCGCGACCUCGGCCCGCUCGACCCGAGCUGCCCCGGAAGCACGUGCGGACCAUCGAGUGCGGGCAGGGAGCAGUGCGCGCCGUGCGCUUCAACGUGGACGGCAAUUACUGCCUGACGUGCGGCAGCGAUAAGACCUUAAAGCUGUGGAACCCACCAACCCACAGCACCCACCCUAUGUGCCUCCUGCAGAAAGUCAACUGUGUGCAGUUCAACGAGGAGGCCACCAUCAUUGUGUCUGGCUCCAUCGACUCCACAGUGCGCUGCUGGGACUGCCGCUCGCGCCGCCCCGACCCCGUGCAGGUGUUGGAUGAGGCCAAGGAUGGCAUCUCCAGCCUGAAGCUGUCAGCCAGCGAAAUCCUGACAGGCUCUGUGGACGGCCGUGUGCGACGCUACGAUCUGCGUGCAGGGCAGCUCUACUCUGACUACGUGGGGAGCCCCAUCACCAGCGUCUGCUUCAGCAAGGAUGGGCAGUGCGUGCUGGCUGCUAGCCUGGAUUCCACGCUGCGCCUGCUGGAUAAGGAAACGGGCGAGAUGCUGGGCGAGUACACCGGGCACCGCAGCACAUCGUACCGCCUGGACUGCGUGCUGAGCGAGCAGGACACGCACGUGGGCAGCGCCUCCGAGGAUGGCAACGUCUACUUCUGGGACCUGGUGGAGGGCUCCCUGGCACUGACGCUGCCCGUGGGGCGUGGAGUGGUGCAGUCCAUCGCCUUCCAUCCCACCCUGCCCUGCCUGCUGGCUGCCACCGAGGGCUGCGUGCAGCUGUGGCGCGAGGACAGCUUUGAAGGGGACACCACAACCACGUGACAACUCGGGGGGGGGGGGG